GGCAACAAUUUCUUUUAUUUUGCCGUGCUUCAGCAACAAUAAAGUGUAGAUACUGUUACUGAUACGUAAUACAAUCAACGGUGCACCAUGUCGUAUAUGUUAGCACAUUUACACAACGGCUGGCAGGUGGACCAAGCCAUACUUUCCGAGGAGGACCGUGUAGUGGUCAUUCGCUUCGGUCACGAUUGGGAUCCCACGUGUAUGAAGAUGGACGAGGUGCUCUAUAGCAUCGCGGAGAAAGUGAAAAACUUUGCCGUCAUCUAUCUGGUGGACAUUACGGCGGUGCCAGAUUUCAACAAAAUGUACGAACUGUACGAUCCGUGCACGGUGAUGUUCUUCUUCCGGAACAAGCACAUCAUGAUCGAUUUGGGCACCGGAAACAACAACAAAAUCAACUGGCCACUCGAGGACAAGCAGGAGAUGAUCGACAUCGUGGAAACGGUGUACCGGGGGGCCCGCAAGGGCCGCGGUUUAGUGGUUUCGCCAAAGGAUUAUUCGACCAAAUACCGGUAUUAGUGUGGAUAUCCAGUGUUCUCGGGGAAAAGUGGAUUGAUUAAAAUAAUUAAAAUAA